AUGUCUACACCAAGCACCGGAGGAAAUGGUUCUAUCCCUGCAGUACGGAAUCAGGUAGAGGUUCAAGUGGGACUAGUAGGGGAUGCGCAGGUCGGGAAGACGUCGUUGAUGGUGAAGUAUGUUCAAAAUAUAUACGAUAAAGAAUACACGCAGACGCUAGGUGUGAACUUUCUAAAAAGAAAAGUUAGCAUACGCUCAACCGAUAUUAUAUUUUCCAUAAUGGAUCUGGGAGGACAGAGGGAGUUCAUUAACAUGCUUCCAAUUGCGACGGUGGGGUCCUCUGUGAUCAUCUUCUUGUUUGAUUUGACGCGUCCGGAAACGCUGAGCUCGAUAAAGGAGUGGUAUAGACAGGCGUAUGGGCUGAAUGACUCGGCAAUCCCCAUUUUAGUGGGCACGAAGUACGAUUUACUCAUAGAUUUAGACCCAGAGUAUCAAGAACAAAUCUCGAGAACGAGUAUGAAAUACGCACAGGUCAUGAAUGCACCGCUGGUGUUUUGUUCUACAGCCAAGUCUAUAAACAUUCAAAAAAUUUUCAAAAUUGCAUUGGCCAAGAUCUUUAAUCUGACGUUGACCAUCCCGGAAAUUAACGAAAUCGGUGAUCCGCUUUUAGUAUAUAAGCACCUAGGUAGCCAGCAACGUCGACAUCAUAGUAGUAGCCAGGAUAGAAAGAGUAAUAACAUGAGAAACUCCUCUUCUUCAUCCUCCUCGAAGGCACCUUCGCCCGGUGUCAACUCAUGA